GCAGGUCUCCUCGUGAUGACAGCAAAUGACAGCACUGUUCUGUCCUGCAGAAGCCAGUCUUAUACGCUAACAGCUCACAACCACCAAACAAUUCCUCUGACUAGCGCAAUCUUAUUAUCGGCGGCGUUUAUAGAAACAGUGAACAACUAGUACACGUCCGCCACUUUUGUCACUUCCCUCUCUGCGUGUGAGCUGGUGAAGAUGGUGAAGCCAGACAUCCACACUCUGGCCCACCACCUGAAGCAGGAGCGGCUGUAUGUGGCGUCAGAGAAGCAGCUGAUCCAGAGGCUCAACAGUGAUGUGCUGAAGACAGCUGAGAGGCUGUAUCGGGCUGCAUGGAUCGCCAAGCAGCAGAGGAUCAACCUUGAUCGGCUCAUUCUUACCAGCGCUGAGGCCUCUCCAGCUGAAUGCUGUCAGCAUGCCAAAAUGCUGGAAGACACACAGUUUGUUGACGGCUAUAAGACUCUAGGCUUCCAGGAAACAAUAUAUGGUGAGUUCUUGGCUCGGCUGAGGGAGAAUCCAAGGCUUGUGGCUUCUUGCCUGGUGGCAGGAGAGAGGCUGAACCAGGAGCACACUCAAGGGGUCAUCCAUACGGUCUUCACCUCACUUUAUGGCAACUGUAUCAUGCAGGAGGAUGAGAGCUAUUUGCUACAGGUGUUGCGGUAUUUGAUAGAGUUUGAGCUGAAGGAAAGUGACAAUCCUCGCCGUCUACUGCGAAGGGGAACCUGUGCCUUUAGCAUUCUUUUCAAGCUGUUCUCUGAGGGCCUGUACUCAGCGAAGCUCUUCCUUACUGCCACCCUCCAUGAACCUAUAAUGCAGCUGCUGGUGGAGGAUGAAGACCACCUGGAGACAGAUCCGUCCAAGGUGACAGAGCGCCUUACUCCGGCCCAGCGGGAAAGCUUUGGAGAGAAGGGCUCUGAGGGUUACAAGCAAAGGGUGCAGGCAGCUGUGGAGGCCAAUGAAGCCAAGCUCGUAGCUCUGGUCAACAAGUUUAUAGGUUACUUGAAGCAGAACACCUACUGCUUUCCCCACAGCCUGCGCUGGAUUGUGUCCCAGAUGUACAAGACAUUGUCAUGUGUGGAGCGUCUGGAGGUGGGUGAGGUGCGCACCAUGUGUACAGACCUACUGCUCACAUGCUUCAUCUGCCCUGCUAUAGUCAACCCAGAGCAGUAUGGCAUCAUCUCCGAUGCACCCAUUAAUGAAGUGGCUCGCUUCAAUCUAAUGCAGGUUGGGCAGCUUUUGCAGCAGUUGGCCAUGGCUGAUGAUGAUGCAGACCCCAGGCGGAAAAGCAGUUUGUCGAAAUUUGAUAAGAGCUGUGUGGCUGCCUUUCUGGAUGUGGUGAUCGGCGGAAGAGCAGUCGAGACCCCUCCAAUGUCCUCAAUGAACCUUUUAGAAGGCCUCAGCAGGACUGUGGUCUAUAUUACACACAAUCAGCUGCUAGCACUGGUGGACUUUGUGCGGAGUGUGACAGCAGGGGAUCACUUGCGGGAGGAAGAGCACAUGGCUCUGGAGAACCUGCUUGCCAACGUUCCUCAGUCUCGAACCGUGAAAAGCAACAGUCUGGAGCUCACUCCCUCCAACACCCCUCAGCUCUCCCCAGCUACAACUCCUGCCAACAAGAAGAACAGACUCCCAAUAGGACAACAUUUAGCUGCUAUAACCUCCUGGGAUCCCUCAACUACUACGCUUUCUGCUCACAUUCCAUUAGUAACCCCUUUUGCAUCUGGUCGUAGCCGCAGCCGUACCAACAUAGCCCAGGAGGGGGAGGCAGAGGCCAGUUCCCAGGAGUCCCUACAGGAGCUGGUUCCAGAUGAGGUGUUGGUGAUGUCUCUAGGAACUGGUCUUCAGACGGUCCCAGGGAUGAUGUCAGAGAAUGAGGUUUUGAACCUGCAACUGGCUGAUGGAGCUCAGGGGGAUGGCCAUGCUGAUGAUACAAAGCUGCAUGGUAAACCAGACAAAACCCUGCGCUUUUCCCUCUGCAGUGACAAUUUGGAAGGCAUCUCAGAGGGUCCCUCAAAUCGUUCUAACUCUGUGUCAUCUCUGGACCUGGAGGGGGAGUCUGUUUCUGAGCUGGGAGCCGGGCCCUCAGGGAGCAAUGGAGUAGAGGCUCUACAGUUGCUGGAACAUGAGCAGGCCACUACUCAGGACAACCUGGACGACAAACUGCGCAAGUUUGAAAUCCGAGACAUGAUGGGUCUGACAGAUGAUCGUGACAUCUCGGAAACGGUCAGUGAAACCUGGAGUACUGAUGUGCUUGGCAGUGACUUUGACCCCAACAUGGACGAAGACCGGCUACAGGAAAUAGCAGGGGCAGCUGCGGAGAACAUGCUCGGCAGCCUGCUAUGUCUUCCGGGCUCAGGUUCGGUCCUGCUGGACCCCUAUGGCUCAACCAUUUCAGAGACCACAAGUGAGGCCUGGAGUGUGGAGGUCCUGCCCAGUGACUCAGAAGCCCCAGAUCUGAAGCAGGAGGAGCGUCUGCAGGAGCUGGAGAGCUGCUCAGGGGUUGGUAGCACAUCUGAUGACACAGAGGUCAGAGAGGUCAGCUCAAGACCUAGCACCCCAGGCCUCAGUGUUGUCUCAGGUAUCAGCGCGACCUCAGAAGACAUCCCCAACAAGAUCGAGGACCUGCGGUCAGAGUGCAGCUCCGACUUCGGAGGGAAGGACUCUGUCACCAGUCCAGAUGGGGAGGAGUCAAGUCAUGGAGCACACCAUCUGACAUCUCCACCUUCACAGACAGACUCUUUACUGGCCAUGUUUGAUCCCCUCUCCUCUGGUGAAGGCUCCUCAACUGGAACAAUAGUAAGACCCAAAGUGCACUAUGCACGGCCCCCUCAUCCUCCCCCCGACCCUCCCAUCCCUGAAGCAAGUGCCCUGGGGCCGGAGACUCGCCACUCUCUCUUCACACCCCACUGCUUGGCCCAGGCAGAGCUGGAGCACACCAAGCAACGCCACUCCUUCCCCGACAGGCUGGUCCGCAGCCGCAGCUCUGACAUUGUGUGCCCCGGCCGACGACCCACAAGUGACCCUGGCCUCAACCGGCGGGGGGCCGUUGAGGACCGUGACGCUGCGGGGUCAUUCACUUUAGGACCAUCCUCAUCCCCCAGCAAGGACUCUCUGAAAGGAGAGACUGACGACAGAAAAGACAGCGAUGACGAGAAGUCUGAUCGCAACAGACCUUGGUGGAAGAAGCGCUUUGUGUCAGCCAUUCCCAAAGUGCUGUAUUGGACGGCUGAGAGUGAUGUCCCAGCUCCCAUAGCAGCAUUUAGGAAAAGGGACAAACAGGAGAAGGAUGAUGUUGCCCAGGAGCGCCUCCCACAAGAUGACCCACUGCCCAGACAGAGCACUCAAGCACAAGCAGCUGAAGACAUCCUGGACAAGUAUAGGAACAUCAAGAGGCCCAGCCCUAGUGAUGGAGCCACAGCUGGAGCUUCUUAUGAUGGUACAGGAGAUCUUUGUGUUGAGGAGAAUGUGCAUGAGUCUUCAAGAGAAGACGCUCUCCAGAACAUUUCUACUGAUGACCUUCCGGACUCAGCCAGCCAGACAGCUCAGCAGCAUGACUUCAAGUUUUCCUUUAGUGAUGCGAAAAAGAAGUUGAGGUUGGCACUGUGUUCUGCAGACUCUGUGGCUCUGCCUGUUAUGGCUCCUGCUACUACACGAAAUGGGCUGCCUGACCACAUGGAACCUGAAGACAAUGAGAUCGUCUGUUUCCUGAAGGUCCAGCUUGCAGAGGCCAUCAACCUUCAGGAUAAGAUCCAGAUGGCCCAGAUCCAGGAGACCACGCGCUGUGUCAGUCGCUUCGACGCACGCACCUGCAGGAAGCUGCUGGCGGCCAUAGCAGAGGAUUACAGAAAGCGGACACCGUACAUAGCUUAUCUGACCAGGUGUCGUCAGGGCCUGCAGACUUCUCAGGCCCAUCUGGAGAGGCUCCUCCAGCGGGUGCUGAGAGACAAGGAGGUGGCCAAUCGCUACUUCACCACAGUCUGUGUCCGGCUCCUUCUGGAGCACAUGGAGCUGAAGAUGCUUGAAUUUAUCAAGGCAUUCCAGGGGUGCACAGCUGCAGAUGACAAGACGGCAGCAGUGGAGGAUUUUCUGCGCGACUUGUAUGGCGCCAUGGCCCGUGAUGCCAUUUGGCAGUACGCGAGCGAGGACCAACUGCAGGAUGCCCAGAUGGCUAUCGAGCGCAGCGUCAUGAACCGCAUCUUCAAACUGGCCUUCUACCCAAACCAGGAUGGAGAUAUUCUCAGAGACCAGCUUUUCCAUGAACACAUUCAGAGGCUCUCUAAAGUGGUGUCGGCCAAUCACAAAGCCCUUCAGAUACCAGAGGUUUACCUGAAGGAAGCUCCCUGGCCCUCUGCACAAUCUGAGAUCAAGACCAUCAAUGCGUACAAGACGCCCAGAGAUAAAGUCCAGUGCAUACUGCGCAUGUGCUCCACCAUCAUGAACCUCCUGAGCUUGGCCAAUGAAGACUCCGUCCCUGGAGCAGACGACUUUGUUCCUGUACUUGUCUUUGUCCUCAUAAGGGCAAACCCGCCCUGCCUGCUGUCCACCGUUCAGUACAUCAAUAAUUUCUACGCCAGCCGGCUGAGUGGGGAGGAGUGCUAUUGGUGGAUGCAGUUCACCGCGGCGGUGGAAUUCAUUAAGACCAUCGACGAACGCAAGUGAAGCAGAACAGCCACCUGUAUGGGCAGACUGCGGGGGAAGGAGCCGGGAGACUGGGAGACUUCCCAACCAACUGCUCCCUCUGCACAGCUUAUGAAACCUGGCCCCUAGCCUGCUCUUUAUUUGUAAAGCUUGUACAUAGCCAGAGACAUUGUAAGACUAGAAUAUAUAUAGAUAUAUAUAUGUAUACAUAUAUAUCUAUAUAUAUAUAUCUAUAUAUAUAUAUUACUGUAUGUAUGUGGACAAAUGCAGGUUUUAGCCGUGGUGACAUACGGCCUUGGGUAACAAUUGGCAAACAUAAUCUUUGAACCUGAUUUGGGAAUUUUAAUUUUCGUUGUGUCUCUUCAGUUAUGUUUCCCAGGUGGUAGGCUGCAUUAGGAGUUUUCUAUACAAACAAUUACCAAUAAGACAUUAAAUCAAUGUAAAAUAUAAUCCUAUAUAAAGGGACCAGACUUCCUUGAUGUCAUCACUGAUUUUUUUUUUCUUGUGAGAGGGAAGGGCCAAUUAAAUUAGAAUAUAAUGUUCAUUAAAUGCAUUGUAAAAUGGCAAUUUACAGUGCGUGAUAGUUACUGAUGGGAUUACUGUAGCUCUUGCACACAAAAACUAGGCUGGUGAAUCAAACAGUAGGGCAGCUUAUUUCAGGAACUUUAUUUCCCCAAAACAUGUCAAUUUGGACAAAAGGGCCAAGAUAUUUAUAUAAAAUAAAAGAUAUUUAUUUCUGUCAUUCUAUUUAAUGUUUUGUUGGUAUAGUUUUCAAAAGUGAAUGCAUAUCAUCAAGUAAUGUUAUACUAAGCCUGCUUGAAGAUGGUAGUGAGGAAGGCACCUUAAUGAUGAGUAGGCGUUGGGAGGGGACGCUGGGCGCUCAUGAUACAGGGUCAGCUCGUGCAGAGUGGGAUAGAAAAAAAUAGUGCCUUUGAUGUGGGGUACUCUGUACAGGUAGUCUUUCUAUUGUGUUUUUUUAAACCCAGCCUAGGGAUUAUUCUUAACACCCCAAACUCUAAUGGGCCGCUCACUGAGACAUCUUUGUCCAGCCGUUGCUGCGUCAACACAUGGCUCAGUCCCUUUAAAGAACUUGAACAAAUAUCCCCUUCUGGUAUGUAGGUCCAACCUCGAGCUGAACCAAUGGGCCUGCGUUGGUUUACAGCUGGGUGCAGGAUCAUUUUUGCACUGGUUAUGUAUUGUAGAACAGCAACUGGAAUGGAGUAAGAAUUGACCUGCCGUGUGUGUAGUGGUCAUAUCGCCCCUAAUUAGUAUAACUUUGUUACUGAACGAAGACACUUUUGGUUGCUACACUUGAUGCCACGCGUGUGCAUGGGCAGACUAGUGAACUUAUUGGAUAGUAGCUCUCUACCUCCUCAUAAAUAUAAGAAAGGGACUCAUGUUCAUGUGCACUUACACUUUCUGUACACCCCCACCCACCCCCCAGCUGGCGUGCUGUGAUGUCCCAGUGUCAUUGUAUCUUUCCAAAUAUAGUACACGCAUGUCUUUAAGGACCUGGAACUUACUAAAACGCCUUUUUCUCUUAAAAUUCUCUGCUUGAUUUUUGUGCACAAAUGUGUUAUAAAGGUUUGAAUCACCAGUUUCUUUUUAUGGUAAAUGACUUGACAGCACAAAAAAACCCUUGUAGUAUAGAAGUAAUCAAUCAACACUAUUGACCUGUUACUGACUUGCAGUGUAUGCUAACGUGGCUGUAGUACGCGAGUGUUAUUUCUGUCUAGUGUGUGUGUAGGUGUGUGUGUGUGUGUGUGUGUGUGUGUGUGGGUGGCAGGAUUCUGUGACUGGUUGACCCUCUGCCUCCUCUUGCAUGAAGUCAUUGAAUGGUCUGUACAUUCUCAAUCAUGAUAAACAGUAGAAUAGGAUUAGUAUCUGCCACAGGCCAGUAAUUGAACUUGCAGGAGGAUGCAAAGCUUCUCUUUGUGUGUGUGAUGUGUGCAUAUCAGAACCCGAUUUAUUUUGGACAAUGUAAAUGUCUCUUUGUGGAUGAUUUGACAGGGAGCUGUGCAUUUCGAAAUGUCGAUACUUUUGGGCUUUGGAAGUCAUUUCACACGGUGAUUAUAUGUAUGUCAAACAUUGUUCUAAGCACCUGACUGUUACACAUUCGAGCUGAUGAAGAUCCAGGUUUACAAGCGGCGUCACAAAUGCAUUUUUAUAUCCCAUGCACAUGCAUUUGUAUGUGCAGCGCGCUUCCGAGCAGAGUUCCUUGAUGAGAAAACCAUGGCACUGGAAAAUCAAGUUGCAGGUUGCAUCUAUAGUAAUUAGGUUUAUGUGAUGUCACUUUAAUUGAAAAUACAUACUGCACAAAUCUGAUGAAAUUAUUUGGACCUGGCUUGUGUUUCAGCGUUUCCUCAGAUACCCUGGCGCAGCUGCAGGCGUCUGUCGUGCGGUACUGAACCAGUAUAUUUUGACUUUUUAGCUCUGAUUGUAUGCAAACCUCUGGGUUGUAGUGUUAAGUAAACAGACUGAAGAGUUAAUCUGCUCUGCUCUGCUCCCUGUACAAUUGAGUUGAAAGGCUGAGCAAAGAUGAUGCUAAAUUAAAAACAAACAUGACUUAACAUCUAAUUUUACGUUAAUUGUAGGCUUGCACAAUUCUGACAUGCGGGGAAAUCUGGUUUGUCAUUACUGUGAUUAAUGAAUUAUGUAAUUCUUAAAAAAAAUAAUAAAAGAAGCAGAAGUU